CAACGAUGACUCCGCUGUUGCUCGUUGCAGCAGCGCUGGUGCUCAUAUGCGCCCCAUCGCCCCCGGCUGCCUUCGCGUCGCCCCCGGCAUUCCCGCGCGAAUCCCGACAGCUGUACACGCGCUCGAUCGCCCGCUCGGUGAUCGCCCAAGCGCCGUCGGAGAGCCGCCUCAUCGGCGCGAAGGGUGACCUGCCGCCCCUCAUCAGCCGCCUCGUGGACAACGCCACGGCCAUCAGGGAGGGCAUCGUCGAUACCUUCAGCUGCGACGGCAGGUAUUAUGGUUAUUACGCCGAUCAGGACAACGACUGUCAGAUUUUCCACAUCUGCGUGCCUAUGCAACAGCUGUUCCCUGAUUUGUAUGAUGAUACAGAUAUCCUGCAGUUCUCGUUCAUCUGUCCCAAACACACGAUUUUCACACAGGACGCGAUGGUGUGCGCGUGGCGCGACUCGGCCUUCCCCUGCAGCGAGGCCCACCGCCUCUACGACCGCAAUUCCAUGUUCUUCAUCGUCCCCGCCGAAGACGUGCGUCGCGAGCGCUCGGACGUCGAACAGGCGACGUCGGCGUCCGAUUCGGCCUCGACAGCCGCAGCGACGACUGUGACGUCAUCCACGACUACUACGUCAUCCACGACGACCCCAGCUCCCAUACGGAGAAGAACGUCAACCACUGAAGUAACUACGACCACGACCCCGACGACGUCAGUUCCCAUGAGGAGAAGGAGGACGUCGACCACCGAAGCGACGACCACGACUCCGAGCUCGACGACGCCACUUCCCAUUCGGAGAAGGACGUCAACCACUGAAGUAACUACGACCACGACCCCGGCGACGUCAGUUCCCAUUCGGAGAAGGACGGCCUCAACCACUGAGGCGACAACGACGGCCGUCAACAGAAGGAGACGAAGCACCACGACCUCGACAACGCCCGACCCCGACGCGGCGUGGACGACCGUCACCGAGAACGCCGAGCCCACCACGUUCCAGUUCCGGUGGCGGAGGAGGCCGUCCCAGCGGUCACUCUACGCGGUGUAGGGAGGCCCGGCAUUCACGAAGACAGACACAACGACGCGCGAAACAAACGAAAGAGAAUCUCGUUUCUCUUGCAUGUUUUGCGCGUUGAGCUUAGCUUAGAGCCGCCUUCAGGAGAUGCUUUACCGAUUGAUUAAUGUUUUAAUUAAUUGAUUGUACUUCUUCAGAAUUAUUUAGAUGGGCAUUACUUAUUGUUAAUAUUAGAUAUUUGCUUAGGUCAUACAAUUAGCAAGGAGAGAGAAUAACUGUGUAACAAGGAGGAGAAUGACAAGAAAUAUAAAGAAUGAGUGAGAGAGAGAGAGAGAGAAAGAGAGAGAGAGAGAGAGAGAGAGAGAGAGAGAGAGAGAGAGAGAGAGAGAGAGAGAGAGAGAGAGAGA